AUGGACUACUACCCGGACGGCACGUUGCUGGACUACUUCAAGGAGGUGGAUCACACGCCCGAGCCGGUGGCGUACGAGUGGUUCGCGCAGCUGUGCUCGGCGCUCGAGUACGUGCACGGCCGCGGCUUUGCACACCGCGACGUUAAGAUGGAAAAUGUACUGCUAGACCGGCAGGGCAACAUCCGGUUGGCCGACUUCGGGAUGUGCGUGGCCGUCAUGGAGCCAAACGUUAGUCCCAACGACGACCGCGAAAGAGUCGCAUCCCGUCGGCCCGUCAACCUUACAGCGUGCGGCACCGUCACGUACAUGUCGCCGGAACAGUUGUCCCGUGUCCCGUACAACGCGCAGUUGGCCGACGUGUGGGCUGCCGGUGUGCUGCUCUUCUGUCUGGUCGUCGGCCGUUUUCCGUUCCCGUACCCGACCGGAGUACGCGACGUGAGGCCACUGAUAUUGAAAUGUCAGAGAGAUGGAUACGCCUUUGAACCACAUGAAAAAAAACGUCUAUCGAUCGAGUGCCAAUCGAUUUUCGGGAAAAUGUUUAUAGACGAAUCGCAAAGAGAAGAAAUCAAAAAUCUUAAAAAAGAUAAGUGGAUGGUUAAAGGAGCACAGAACAACAAAAAUUAG